CACGUUCCCCUCUCCCACCAACAUCUCGAAAAUAUCAAGCAGCCUGACAACUCGCGACGAUUGCCAAGAUGCCCUUUCCCCCACAAACUCCAGACAGCUCCCACAAGGAGGUUCUUCGACUCCUCCACCUAUCAACCAGACACCGCAUACCUCCAGCAAUUCUCUCCCUUCCUAUGCUCCUAUUCUCUUCAACCACAUCCCGCCCCAUCCGGCUUCGUGAGACCCGUCGAGCCUAUAAGCUCAAAUCCCUUCUCGUGCAUCCGGACCGAUGCACACAUCCUGGUGCCACAGAGGCAUUCCGAAUAGUUCAUAACGCUUACGAAGACGUUGUUUUAAGAGGAUGGGUUGCAGAGUCUUCGUCUGGCCAAGAGACCUUGAGUAAGGAGGAACGUGAACAAGAGAUGGAGCAGUGGAUGCAACAUACCCAUGAUAAAUACUUUAGAGGACGACGCAGAGCAGCGAGUGAUGUGCCAUUUACUGCUGGCUACGAAGAUGCUGUGAAUGACGUUAUGGAGUGGAUGGAUGCCGAGGAUGAGGAACCGGAUGUUGUUAUAUGGCUGCGCAAGAUUCAUGUGAAGGGUGAGAGAGGACUGGCCAAGGGAAGAGCUACUAAGAGCAAUGGCAUAUUUUCAAAUGUAGUUGAAGAGAAAAGAUGCAACAAGAAUGAAUGCUUAAAGGAGGAGUAUGAAUGGCGAGAUCUAUCUUUUGAUACCCUAAAAAGCCAAGACCAAGUGGAACAAGAGGUAGCAGAUCACGACGACGACGUUAGCGCUGAGGAAGAAUAUGCACAAUGGGAUCACAUUCAUCCUUCCGACACCAUCGCCAGUCUAAACGAGCCAUCUUCCAGAGAAGACACCCCACCAUCAUCCCCCGAAUCCUCUUCACCCUCUGACACAGACGCCUCCACAGAAUGGAUACGCAAAUUACACGCAAUAGAUAGACGUCGUCGUCGUGUACAAGGCAAGCCAUCCAAACCUCGACUCUCGUCCUCAUCAUCCAAUCUUCGUGGAGGGCUACCCAAUAAAUCUUUAAAAAUGUGCGCAUCCAUGGACCAAGUCAACCCCGCAUCGAACAGAUCUGCAAUGAAUUCGCUUGUGGACCAUUCUAGAAGCUGCUCGGCACCCGUUACACUUGCUCCUACCCAAUUCAAGCCCACACGGCGGAGAUAUCGGCUUGUAGAUCUCAAAGGGGCCGCUGAUAUAGAACAAGGGGACUGAUUUUUUUUUUUCUUGUUUACAUGAACGUCAGAUGCAGAUGAUGGAUAGAUGGGAUCGCACACUGGCCCACCAGGGGAAAACAAGAAUCAUCUUGUUGUUUGUAUUUGAAUUUAAUGACUCAUUGUUC